AUGGCAACAACGCAAGCCCCGCCCCCGCCGCGCCGCGGCUCGACGCUGCACGUCGCCGACCCGCAGACGCUCGCCAUCCAGAAGGACGACGGCACCGUCCUCCGCGCGACGCGCACCGACCUGCUCAACCACACGCCGGCGGCGCACGCGCUCGUCGUCGAGGCCAUUGUGCAGGCGCCGCUGCCUGUGCCUAGAGUUCCGCGCGCCGCUGCGCCGAAGCCGUAA